UUAAAAUAAACAUUACAAAUUACUACAAAAGUUCAAAUUUUGAAUAUAAAAACCAAAACUUUAUAUUUAAUUCCGAGUUGUCUAUAACUACGCUGAAACAGAGCAAAGAAGGAAGACAGAGCUGAUCCAAUGCAUAGAAGACUAUCCUCCUCUCCUCUUACCACCAUCGCAUCCCGACAUCAUUACCACACAUCUCAAUCUGUCAAACCCACAAAGAAACCCAACAUCCACGAACAAACAACAAUUCACAAAGUCACAAGAAAGCCAUGGGAAGAAGUUCCGUUUCUCACCGAUCUCAAACAAACCGAAGAAACAGAGGAAGCUCUGUCUCUCUUCCACCACUACCAGCAAAUGGGUUUCCGACACGACUACCCAUCUUACUCCUCACUCAUCUACAAACUCGCCAAGUCACGUGACUUCGACGCAGUCGACCAAAUCCUCCUCCUCGUCCACCACCGUAACGUCCGAUGCAGAGAAUCCCUCUUCAUCGGAUUGAUUCAGCACUACGGAAAAGCAAACUCAAUUGAUAAAGCCGUCGACGUGUUCCACAAAAUGACGUCGUUUGACUGCGUCCGUACGAUCCAGUCUCUCAACACUCUCAUCAACGUCCUCGUCGAUAGUAACGAAUUAGAAAAAGCUAAAACAUUUGUCGACGGAGCUAAAGAUAUGGGUUUGCGUCCGAACUCUGUUUCCUUCAAUGUAUUGAUCAAAGGGUUUUUAGAGAAAUGUGAUUGGGAAGGUGCGCGCAAGGUGUUCGACGAAAUGCUUGAGAGAGAAGUGCAACCGACCGUUGUGACUUAUAAUAGUUUAAUCGGAUUCUUGUGCCGGAGUAACGACGUGGGGGAGGCGAAAAGCUUGCUUGAAGAUAUGAUGGUGAAGAGAAUACGCCCCAAUCACGUGACGUUCGCGUUGUUGAUGAAGGGUUUGUGUUGUAAAGGAGAGUACAACGAGGCCAAGAAGCUGAUGUUCGAUAUGGAGUAUCGUGGGUGUAAACCGGGCUUGGUUAACUACGGGGUUUUGAUGAGUGAUCUUGGAAAGAGAGGGAAGAUAGAUGAGGCAAGGCUUUUACUAAAUGAGAUGAAGAAGAGGAGGAUAAAGCCAGAUGUUGUGAUCUACAACAUUCUUGUGAAUCAUCUUUGUAGUGAAGGGAGAGCCUCAGAGGCUUAUAGAACGCUAAUGGAGAUGCAGAUGAAAGGUUGCAAGCCUAAUGCGGCUACCUACCGUAUGAUGGUUGAUGGGUUUUGUCGUAUUGGGGAUUUUGAUUCUGCGUUGAGUAUUUUGAAUGCGAUGCUUGCGAGUAGACACGCGCCUACACCUGCAACGUUUGUGUGUUUGGUUGAUGGGUUGGUAAAAGGAGGUAACUUGGACCAUGCUUGCUUUGUGUUGGAGGUGAUGGGAAAGAAAAAUUUAAGCUUUGGAUCUGGUGCUUGGGAAAAACUAGUUAAUGGUCUCUGUAUUAAGGAUGGAGGAGGUUGUUGUGAGGCUUUGUCAAAAGUUAUUUCUACCUAAGCAGUGAGUGAUCUCUUAAAGGCUGCAAGAUACUCUUUCUCUUUGUUUUAUCUCUUGCCAUUACUUUUGUCUCUCCUGCUCGGCUUCUUAAUGAAGAAGAAGAUAUUGGCUUGGUCCCUGUGCCUACCACAACGUCUGGUUCAGGCCUCUUCCCCACUUCAACUGGUAUCACUACAGGUGCAAGUCCAGCCUCAGGCGGUUCAGGUCCUUUGAAUACUUUAAGUGGCUCUGGACCUCUACCAACCACUGGUUCUGGUUCUUUACCGGUUGCUAGUUCGGUUCCCUUGCCUGCUACUGUCCCCGGUUCUCUUCCAACCACCGGUUCAGGUCCCGUUCCGGUUGCUAGUUCUGGUCCUUUGCCUGCUGCUGGUUCAGGGCCUUUGCCGACUGCUGGCUCAGGUGCAGGUGGUUUACUUCCCGACCACACAUUAGUCUUCUUUAUGCACGAUAUACUCGGUGGCUCAAACCCAACAGCCAGGGCUGUGACCGGAGUCGUUGCAAACGCAGCUCUCAGUGGCCAGCUUCCAUUCGCCAAACCCAACGGCGCAAACCUCCCUGUCAGCAACGGCGUUCCAUCUAACAGUAACAACAACGGAAUCCUCAACAACAACAACGUCCCGCUUCUGGUCGGUCUGGGAGGAACCACUUCCAGCAUUCUACAGAACAACGGGAACAGCCUCUUGAACGGUCUCCCCGUGGCUAAUGGCGGUCAGCUCCCAUCUGGUUCGUCCCUUCAGAUGCUCAUGUUUGGGACGAUGACGGUGAUGGACAACGAGCUAACGGAAGGGCAUGAGCUCGGGUCAGGUCUGCUUGGCAAAGCUCAGGGCUUCUACGUGGCGAGCGCGGUGGAUGGAACUAGCCAGACUAUGGCCUUCACGGCUAUGUUUGAGAGUGGUGGUUAUGAAGAUAGCAUCAGUUUCUUCGGUGUGCAUAGAACGGCUGCAUCGGAAUCUCAUCUUGGGGUCAUGGGUGGUACGGGGAAGUAUGUGAAUGCGAGAGGAUAUGCCGUUGUCAAGACUUAUACUGGUGGCAGUGGGAACACACAGCAGCCGCACCAGUUCACAGAUGGGCUUGAGACUGUUCUGGAGUGCACCGUUUAUCUUUCUUACUAGUUUUUUUUUCCUUGUUGUAUUUGAAUUGCGUUGUGUUGUGUUGUAUCGUAAUAUGUAACAACAAAGCCUAUUAAUUUGAUAACAAAUUUCAUGUU